AUGUUUCGCGAAUGGUGUCUUCAGAACCGUCGUUGGUGCUUGCCGUUCAACGUGAUCAUGGUCGAGAUUACGUUUGGUGGAUCCAACGGACCCAUAUGUCAUGGUGCUGGGCUUAGUACCACUACGCUCUCCGAUCUCGUCGCGGAGUUUCACUAUAUCGAUCCUCACGGAAAUAAGAAGUCAAUCUCUGAUCCCGACCAACUCAGGGCCGCCAGUGGUUGCUUUGGGCUACUAGGCAUAUGUACUGCAAUCACCCUUCGGCUUGACGCGAUGUCAAUGGCGGUGAUGAACCCGGUGAAGGUGCCUUUAGUCUUGGCAAUUCCACCGCCUAUUGGUUACAAAAUUCCGGAUGUAAUCGAUAUGAGCGGGGUCACACCUGAGGAUCUGGAAAAGGCUCGUCAGGAAUUUGUCAGGAGAUGCGAAGAGGACUAUUAUCUCGAAUGGUUUUGGUAUCCCCUUACCAAGGAUGUCUGGGUCAAUACUUGGAAGACCUAUCCAAGUCCAUUCGACGCGUUGAUUCAAUGGGGACAAGGCUGGCUUACUGAGCAAAUUGUCAACACGGACAUAUUUAGAUCGCUCAGCGGACGCGUUCAGGCUCUACUAAUGGGCCAGGUUACACUUGGGGCGAUGCCGCAUAUACCCGAUCCAAAGAAGGCUAUCCGCACCCUUACAAGUGAGGCAUUGCAUUUUAGACGAGGAAUUCAGAACAUGCGUUGUCUUGACUCAGAAUGGGAAAUCCCGAUCCCAGAGGCACCAAAUAAUCCAGGAAAGCGAGACCACAGCUCCGUUCAGCGUGCCUGGUGGGAUGCGAUCAGCGUCGUCUAUUCGCGGGACGAUGGUCCAAUGCGCCUGGCUCUCGAAAUGCGGCUUACAGGCGGCUCUAACAUGAUUCUCGCCCCGCAGAGAGGGAACAAUUUUGGGACAACUUCAAUUGAAGUUCUAACGAUACCUAACACUCCGAGAGACCAGUGGCAAUCAUUUUUGCAGCAGGUAGCGGACGCGUGGACAGGAUACACAGACUCCAACGGCACACAUCUGAACUCUCGGCCGCAUUGGGCCAAGGAGUGGGCGGGAUUGACCGUACGUGGCCAAUCUAUUGAACAAUAUCUAAAGGAAGUGGCAUACAAGGAUGCAAUACCUGAGUUUCGAGCUAUGCUUGAGAAGAUCGCAACUGCACAAGGAACAACAGUCGUGGAGAUGCGAGAUAGGUUCGGGAACCCGUUGUUAGAAAGACUAAUAUUUUAA